AAGAAAUCUAUCCCUUGCAUAUCACCAAUCCUACGUGGCACCCCACACGACUCAUCUUUCGAUUUCCUUCAUAAGAUAUAUCAUGCAGCAUUUGCCUUUUAAGUGCCAUCUCAUAGCUAUUUUCCCCUUAGAUUUUGGCAAAAUCCAGAUUCUUAGCAAUCUAUCUAUACACAAUAAUUGAAAGAGGGGAGAAGAGAUGGCUUCCACUUCUGCUGCAUUGGUAAAUGGCUUGGGAUCUGCCUUCUUGACCGGUGGCAAGAAGAGUCAGGCUCUUUUGUCCGCCCCCCUUGCCGCCAGGGCCGGUGGCGCCGCCGCCCCCAAGAGGCUCAUCGUGGCGGCCGCCGCCCCAAAGAAGUCUUGGCUCCCCGGCGUCAGGGGCGGUGGCAACUUCAUCGACCCCGAGUGGCUCGAUGGCUCGCUCCCCGGCGACUACGGGUUCGACCCGCUCGGGCUCGGGAAGGACCCGGCGUUCCUGAAAUGGUACAGGGAGGCGGAGCUAAUCCACGGGCGGUGGGCGAUGGCGGCAGUCGUCGGCAUCUUCGUGGGGCAGGCGUGGAGCGGCAUCCCGUGGUUCGAGGCCGGGGCGGCCCCCGGGGCGGUGGCGCCGUUCUCGUUCGGGACCCUGCUGGGGACGCAGCUCCUCCUGAUGGGGUGGGUGGAGAGCAAGAGAUGGGUGGACUUCUUCAACCCGGAGUCGCAGUCGGUGGAGUGGGCGACACCGUGGUCGAGGACGGCGGAGAACUUCGCCAACGCCACCGGGGAGCAGGGCUACCCCGGCGGGAAAUUCUUCGACCCUCUGGGGGUCGCCGGGGAGCUCAAGAACGGAGUGUACAUUCCCGACGAGGAGAAGCUCGACAGAUUGAAGCUUGCGGAGAUCAAGCAUGCGAGGCUGGCCAUGGUGGCUAUGCUCAUCUUCUACUUUGAGGCUGGCCAAGGGAAGACACCCCUUGGAGCCCUGGGCUUGUAAACCUUCCACAUUGUUGUAUAAACAAACAUUGCAAUGUAGAGACCUUUCAUUAAUCAUUGUUUUUGGGACCUAAGAAA